AUGAAUCAAGAAUCUAGUGUAAUUUUGGCUUAAUUGCCAAGUUAAAUGUAAAAUUAGAUAUCAUAGUUGAUUAAUAUAGUAUCUGCAAAUAUUGAUAGAAGGAGAUUUGAUUAAAAGAGAGAAAUAUAAUUACUUAGUUUGAUUGUUAAAUUAUUUUCUGGAGGCAUUUCCUCUAUAGAAAUAUUCUUGCGUUACUCUCCUAGAGAUUUGUUAGACAAAGGUUUUACUUUGAGAGAAGCAUAUAUUUUGAUAAGAGAAUUAGGAGGAUAAUGUAAAUGUGAUUUCCCAAAACCAAGCAAUAAAGAAAUUGAAGAAUUAUGUUAUGAUAAAGAUAUAAAAUAGCUAGUUUUAUAUAAAAUACCAUUCAUAUAACCAAUAGCGAAUCAGAAAUAUAAAUAUAUAUUAAUAUUAGGUCCUUAAAAAACUGGGAAAACUUCAUUUCUAUUUAAUUUAAUUAAUAUUUACUAUGAUGUUGAUGUUGAUAGUUUAUAUAGAGUGAAAAAGUAAAUUAAAAAUAGAGAUAGCUUAUUUUAUAAUGAAUAUUUAGUUGAAAUGUCAAAAUAAGAAAAUUUGAUUUUUGUAGAUUUUAUAGGAAUGGGAGAUUUAGAAAAAGAUAUAUUUGAUGAUAAUAAAAACAAUUUUUUUUAAGUAUUGUUAGAAUACGUUUAAGAUAAGGAAAUUGUAGCUGCAUUUUUUGUUAAUUCAGCUUCAAUCAAUAGAUUGGGAUAAGAAGAAAUCUAUACAAUAUAAAGAUUUUUUGAAUUAUUCCAUAAAUCUUUUUCUCAAAGGAUAUUUUUAAUUCUAACAUUUUGUACAGAUAAUAAUCCUCUUCUUAGUGUUUAUUCACAUAAUAAUUCACCCACUCCUAAAAUAUUGAAAAAUAAAAUCAAUGAAUAUCAAAAUUAAAUUGAAUAAAAAUAAAUACCAAAUGAAGAUUUAAAGUUUUGGUUUGGUAUUAAUAAUAAUUACCUAUAUUUUCCAGCUAUAGAUUUAGACCAUGAGUCAGAAUAAAUAUUAAUUAAUCAUAACAAUAUUCAUUAUUAAGAUUUCAAAUAAAAUUGUUAAUCUGUUGAAGUUGGUAUAGAUUUAACUUAAUCAUAUAUUGAAUCUGAAAAUUUGAUUCUAUAAGAAAAUGAAAUUGAAGUGACACCAAGAUAAAUAUUGUAAUUUUAUUAUGAAAUUAUGAGAAAAGAACUAUUAAAGAUUUAAUUAAAAAUAAAUACUAUUUUUAAUUCUUAAAAUUUAGAAAAAUUAAAUUAAAUAAAUCAUUUUAAAAGAUUAUUGAAAAUUGAAUAAGAAAUACAUUCAUUAGGUAUUUUACCUUAAAUUCAUAAAUCAAAAUAACCAAACAAGAACCUUAUAUUAUCUACAAAUUAUAUAACAUUUGAAAAUAAAUAUGAAAAAAAAUAAUUAAAAGCAACAAAAGAGAAAAAAAUAUUAUUUUGCACAGAUUGUUAAAAAAUAUGUCAUUAUGAUUGUGAGCUUGGUUCUAAGUUAGAUUUAGCUGAAGCUAAGAAAAUGUGUUAGAAUAUUCUUAUUAAUUUUAAAUUCCUGAGUUAAAUGAAAAAUCCAACUAGAGUUCAUAAAGAGAGCAGUUUAGAUAUAUUAUAUUAUUGUAAAAUAUGCUCUCAAAGAGAUAUGGUUAAUUAAAGUAAUAAUAUUAAUGGUGGUUAAUCAUGUUUAAUAUCAAAACAUAUUUUAAUUAAUGAAGUUACUUUUGAUGUAAAUAAUGAUAUUUAUUACAUAAGUAACGAAUAAGUUUAACAAACAUUUAAACAAGAUUAUGAUAAUCUCAAAAAAUAAAAGCAGUUAUAUGUUAUGAAUUAGACCCUAAAUUUAAAUCGUUAAAUUGAAUUUCUCAAAAAAAUAAAAUCAAUUAAGCAUUAAAUAAAAGAAAUAAAUGAUAGUUAAGAAGGGUUGGUUUCUCUAAAUUUGCAAGUUAGAAGAGAUCUUUUAGAAAAAACUUAAAGAGCAGGAAUCUAAAUAAAAAGUUGUAAUUUUGAUGGGAUUUAGAAUGUCUAUAAUAAUCUUAGUCAUUCAUAAAACUAAUAAAUAAUAAAAGGCAAUAAUAAAAUUCUAUUUUAACUUUAUAAAUUAGUUUAAAAAGAAAUAGAUGAGUGA